AUGAUGAACCCUUACAUCAGUUGGGCUCUCCUGCUCGUCGUGGCAGGUGGCCUGGGCUGGUACUACAAUGGCCCGAACCCCAAGCACAAGACCCCUAUAAAGCCCGUCGUGGAAAAGACGGAGCCUGCGCCGGCCGCAAAGAAGCCUAAGCGCAAGACCAAGAAGUCCCCGGAACCUACACCUGCCCCUAGCAAGCCCGUUGAGGAGAAGCCCGCCGUCCAGCCUGCUGUUACGAAGUCUGAGGAGGCGGAUGAGGAGAUCGACAAGAAGGAAAUGGCCAAGCGUUUUGCCGCCGUGAAGAAUGGAACUCCCGUGCAGUCUAGUGGCAGCGCCAGCGCUGGUGGUAGCAAGUCCCAGAAGAAGAAGAAGACCAAGGCCGCUCAGGUUGAGAACGGCGAGCGCUCUACCUCUCGUGUCUCUACUCGCACCUCGUCCACUACCGGAGCCGACGCCGACGAUGAUCUCUCCCCCGCUGGCUCUCCCAUGGUGAACGCCACUACUGGUUCCGCUGGAUACGUUUCGGAUAUGCUUGAAGAGCCCGCUCCGGGCGCGUCGGUUCUCCGUGUCACCGGUGCUGUGUCCUCGGAUGCCACCAAGAAGCAGAAGCCCCAGUCCUUCAAGCAGGUUGAGACCAAGAAGCAGCGUCAGCAGCGUUUGAAGAACGAGGCCCGCAAGCAGCAGGUCCAGGAGGCUGAGGAGCAGAGACGUAAAUUGCUCGAGAAGCAGCUCCACAUGGCUCGCGAAGCUGAACGCCGUGAGGCUGGCAUCAAGCCGGCUCCUCCCCCGACCAACGCUUGGCAGACCAAGGCUGCUCCCGCAGUCACCAACGGCACCCCCAAGGUGGCCCCCUCCCCGAAGGUGGAAUUGUUGGAUACCUUUGAGUCCGAAACUCCCGCCGCUCAGGCUGCCCCCAAGAAGGAAUGGGACUCCGGUCUUCCUUCCGAGGAGGAGCAGAUGCGCAUUCUCGGUGUCCAGGACCAGUGGACCACCGUUUCCAGCAAGAAGACCAAGAAGAAGGGAGGUAAGACUGACGAGAGCGAGGCUAGCGCUCCUGAAAGCCAGCCCGCUCCUGUUGCUGCUGCUCCCGCCCCUGUUGAGCAGCCCAAGGUCAAGGUGACGCCCACCUAUCUUCCCGAUGUCCUUCGCUCGAAUGUCAAGGGCCACCCUCUGGACUCCGACUGGGCUGCUUAA